AAUUAUUCUUGGUUGCAGACUAGCAUCCACCCAAGAUUGGAUCUUCACGGAGCCAGUCUCUAGGGAAUGGUUUGAUAUCUGGCUAGCCUAGUGUAGUUAUUGUCGCAGACACAAGCCAUGACAACUCGACAAUUCUGCUUUUCAAGUUGAAAUAUCAGUCACGUUUCCUACGCAAGGCUGCCGUGGUUUCUAUUUGUUGCGGAUAAGCGUCCACUCUUACCUAGCCACCGUUUCAGUACUUUAUUAUCAGCGCAGAUUGGCCAGAGAGUGCAACGGCAUUUCAUCUUUAAUUGCAUAGGUAGUCUACAUAAGCCGUGCGCAUGGACCUUUUGUCCUGUCACGGCUUUUCACACCAAAUUCUGCCAUGGUACAGAAACUGCAGCCCACUGCUCCUUGCCCCGCGAUAUCAACGUCGAAUCGGCGGCAGAGGAGUGGGCCACCGUCAUGGCUGCAAGGCCUUUUCGACCCCUGCCAAUGUCAGCUCCCGAAGCAGGAAUAGCGGUGGUGAAGAGGCAGUGCCAUUGCCUUCCUGGGUUGCCUGGGACCAAGAGGCACUCAAGCAGCAGGAGGCUGCCCUGAUCGAAAUGCAGAUGGAGAAGAUGAAUCGGAAUCCGCAGGAUAGGCGACGAAGCAAGCGGACGUUCAGGAAGAGCUUUCAGCCCACCUAUGAACAAGCAGUCAAUCCUGCUGCCUUUGAAACACUGAAGACAGAGGACGGGGUUGACUACGCUGCCUUCUGCAACGGGGAGAUGCAAUGGUUUGCAGUCAAAGUGGCAGAUGCUGACAUCAAGAAGGCAGGAUUCGUGACCAAGUGGCUGGGCUAUGGAGCCCAGUCACUAGGCCCUGUCAAGAGGAAGGAUGGCACCACCGUUGAACGUGUUGUGGAAACCUGGCUGCCAAAGAAGAAGGUCAAGGCCUACAGCCUCAGGACUGGCAAGAUGGGCACCCGUACAGUGGCGUAUCAGGAUGGGCAGGUGGUACUGUUCAGGGCGAUCAUGGACAACGAACUAGGGGAGUAUCUGAAGGCGGGCCUGCCUGACACAUCAGGGGUCUAUAAUGACAGGGUUGCGCGCAACGAGGGCAGGAUCACCGGGUUUAUGGAAGAGGAGGUCGGCAAGAAGCUCUUCCUGGAGACCAAGACCAAGAAGAUUGUGGAAAAGGAACACAUUCCCAAGCCAUGCGCUGAGUCCUACAUCGAAGAAAUCCAGGAGUGGCUGGAGACCAAGGAGGUGUGGGACAAGGAGAAGGUGUGCAUGGCAGAAAUGGGCUAUGUGCCAGAUGAGGCUGUGGGGGUGAGCACUUCCAACCUCAUGAAGUCUUUCCAGAUCAAACAGACGGUGCAUGAGACUGUGUGGCUGAUUGUGGACUCUGUGGUGUUCAGGGACUUUGCGGAGGCAAUCUUUGAGAAGGAGAAGCGGGAGGUGGCUGCUCUGGACAGCGGCGGCUGGAACGUGGGCAAUGUUGUGGAGCCACGCCGCAGGGGCGGAUUCGUUCGCGGCCGCGGCCGGGGAGUGGGCACGCGGAGGGCGCCGGGCAGGCCACAGACAUUCAGGCCGGAGCAGUUUGACAGCCGCCAGUCCUCCUCCUGGAGCACAUCCAGCCCCCAGUGGAGCUCCGCUGACGGCGACGCGCGCUACAGUGGCAGCAGCGGCGGCCGGGGCGGCGAGUGGGCGGCAGGACUGAGCGACUUUUCCUCUUUGAAGGACUUCUCUGACAAAGAGCCGGUGGCGUCCGAUGACGCAGCCGAUGACUCAGCCUGGGGUGCCAGCGGCUACCACUUGAGCGACGCUCCAGACGGGGCUGCGGCGGUCAGUCAAGGAGGCUGGGCUGGGCCAGAAGUGGCGGCUGAGCCAGAAGAGGCGGCCGCCGACGUCUUUGUGGAGGAACUUGGCAGCAAAGAACUGUCUCCAAGCCACCCUGAGGACUGGGCCGCCCCAGAAGUAAACCAAGACUGGACCUUUAGCCCAGAGGAGGAGGCGGCAGUGGCGCCCAAGGGGUGGAACACCUCUUCGUCCGGCGGCUGGGUGGAUGACUCAGCGGCGGCUGCCGGCAACUUCUUCGACCGCGCGCCGCGCUCCCACAAGCAGGCCGGCAGCUCCGGCUGGUCUGAGAGCAGCCCUGCAUUGGACAACAGGGGAGCGGAGUCCUGGUCAGACCUGAGCAGCGCAGCGGGCGCUGACUGGACCGGUGAGGCCAGGGGUGACUCGCAGCCUGUUCAGGCGCCGCGCCUGUCGCACUGGAGCAAGUACGGCACCGCCGGCAGCGCAGAGCCGGUUCGCGGCGAUCCCUCCGCGCGGGGUCGCCGCCGCAACCGUGACUCUUCCUUCUCCGAGCGCGAACCUCUGGCCUCCGACCGGAGCCGCGCAGAUGACAGCAAUGAUGCCAUUCCGCCGCUCGCUGAUGUCACAGCAGGCGACGAUGACACUGCAUGGGUGGACUCUGUUCCCUCUCCCCGCUACGAGUGGGACGCUGGCGCAGACGCGGGCGCAGAGCCGGUGCCCACUUCGGGUAAUUGGGGCGAGUGGAAUAAUUACAUGGCUACCGACGCCGAUUUCCCCAUUGGCGGCGAGGGAGUCCCCUUCAGAGUGGACGACGAUGACCUGUUCCUUGACAUCGGCGAAGAGGAGGGUGCUGGCGACGUGGGGACUCCAGCAGUGGCAAAUGAACAAGAGGGGCGGUCGAAGGCAGCGGAGCCGGCCAAGAGGGAGAAGAAGCAGCGCAAGAAGAGAGGCGGUGACGACAAGUCAGCUGCAGACUUGUAUGGCGACUCUGUGCAGGUCAGCGCUUCCGAUGGGUUUGUAGAGGAUGGGCUUGCCUGGGACGAGAUGGCGUGA